AUGGCCGAGGAAGAUAAAGAGCCCAACCAAGGCAAUAAUACUAAGCCAGUUUUUGGUGCUACUGGCCGUAAAAUCAUUUAUGAUAAAGAUGGUAAACCGUGAGUACUUACUAGGCUGAAAAAUUUAUAAUUGAUCAACUACUAACGAUGUUAGAUGUCGUACAUGUAACUCACUUUUAGAUUUUCAAAUGGCAACCCAUGGAGGCUCUGUCGCUGCUACACCUAAGACGAAGAAACCUUCGAAGGAAACCUCUGCUGCUGCUACCCCAAAACCUUGCCCUCCAGACGUAGAAGAAAUUGGUAAAUCGUCAUGGACAUUACUUCAUUCUAUAGCAGCAAAAUACCCUGAAAUGCCUUCCAGCAAAGAGCAAUCUGAUUUGAAACAGUUCAUGAAAUUAUUCGGUAAUUUCUAUCCAUGUUGGUAUUGCAGAGACGAUUUUGUUGAGUAUAGUCAAAAGUCUGAACCAAAGGUUGAGACCCAGGAUGCUUUUGGCAGAUGGUUAUGUGAUGCACACAACGAAGUCAACGUGAAGUUAGGCAAGGAGAAAUUCGACUGCAAUUUGUGGAAACAGAGAUGGAAAGAUGGGUGGAAAGAUGGAAGCUGUGAUUAG